AUGAAUCUCAAAGAGACAAUCUCCAACAAAGAGUUCAGUGAGAAUGUUUGUGUUGAUGGCAUUCAUUCCGGCAGAAGGACAUCACACAUACCACUCUGGCAAUCGUUCAAGAAAUCCCCCAACAUCGUGGGCUAUUGCCUCGCGCUAAGCUCGGCAAUUCUUCUCUACGGAUAUGAUCUUGUCAUAGUGGGGACAGUGGCUGCAAUGCCUCAAUUUCAACUUGUUUUCGGCCAGGAACUCAAUGGAAAGUAUAUCAUCCCCUCGAUGUGGCUUUCCCUUUGGAACGUCUCCAGUUGCAUUGGCUUGAUGUUCGGCUCCAUCCUCGGUGGUUAUUAUCAAGAUCGUCGUGGGCGUCGGAUUACGCUUGCUAUAGGCAGUUUCCUAUCCACCAUUGCGGUCGCAAUAUGCUACAUCUCCGAUCUACCAGACGGAAUAGGAAGUCGUCGAGGGGUAUUCUUCGUCGGUAAAUUCUUCCAGGGGAUUUGUAUUGGCAUUCUUCUGUGUGUUACACAGACGUACAUGUCCGAGGUACUCCCUGUUGCUCUACGAGGACCGGUCAUUGCAUUCUAUCCGAUCUUCACACUUCUUGGACAGCUGGUUGGGUCGAUCGUGGUUUAUACUUCGCUUAAGCAUACAGGCGCACAAUCUUACCGGAUUUGCUUUGCGUCGCAAUGGCCGUUCUCGGCCGUUCCCUUUGUGCUAGCGGCAUUUCUACCAGAGUCUCCAACUUGGUUGUUGAGAACUGGACGGACAGAGAAGGCUCUUAAAGCACAGAAAAAGCUUGAUAACGAUCAUAUCGACUCACAAGCUGUAAUCGACGAGUUACAGGCGUCAAUUUCAGCAGAGGACGAGGAGAGCGCAACCCAUACAUAUGCCGACUGUUUCAAGGGAGUCAAUAUGCGCCGAACUAUGGUUGUGGCUUUUGCAAAUAUGAUACCCCAGAUGUUCGGUUUGCAGCUGUUGGCAAAUGCUUCCUAUUUUAUGCAGAUCGUGGGUAUGGGUUCAUCGAAUAGCUUGAUAUUCUUGAUUUUGGGUAUUGGACUGGGCCUGAUUUCGAAUGUUAUCAGUCUAUGGGCGCUGAAUGUCUUUGGGAGAAGACUUCUUAUUCUACUGACUCUGGGUAUCGUUAUGGUUCUAUGGUUUGCCAUUGGAAUCGCAGGGAUCUUCAAGGGAACAGUGACAAUUUGGUAUACGGCAGUAAGCAUGAUGGCUAUCGCUAUGGUCUCUGGUUUUGGAUCGUGGCCUGCGUCCCAUGUGGUUGCCGCCGAAGCGUCCUCGUUACAACUCCGAGCCAAGAGCCAAGAUCAAGGAAAUCUCAGGGCGAAAACGGGGUUUGUGAUGGCAGGAUUCGCCGCAGUGGCAGUUGUCGGGGCAUGGCUGGCUAUCCCUGAAAUGAAAGUUCUCAAGACUCGGCUCAACGAAGCGAAUAUUCAGCCUCUGCUUCGAGUGAUGUCUUAUAUCGGAUCUAUUUUUGAUAUUUCUUGUCCGUCUCAGUUGCUAGAAUUUUGUGCUCAACGUGCUCAGGACUCAGUGGUCGAAAUUCGGUCAUCAAUCCGGCCUCUUACACCAUUUGACGUUCAAGCUCUGUUGCUUUAUUCUAUCGCUGUCUACUGGUGCAAUGAAACAGAAAGUGGUGUGGAGCUCCUUGACGAAGCAAUUCGCAUGGCAGUAGCCCUUGGGAUGAACAAAUCGGAAUUCGCCCGAAACCACGCUGAAGCUGAUUCUGUACUAGAGGAAAGUUGGCGACGAACUUGGUGGGUGAUUUAUAUCACCGAUGCCCAUAUUGCCGGAUCUACCCAUACGUACCCGUUCCGAACAAGUGGCAUUGAAAUCACUACCGACCUUCCUUGUGAAGAGGAACAGUAUGAAAUAGGGGUCAUCCCCACCCCACGAUCCCUAGAUGAUUACGAGAACAGGGAAUUCCUUGACGAAGAAAAAAGUGAUUUUUCCUCCUAUGCGGAGCUUAUUGGCUUGACCCGCGGGAUUGAUCGGGCCUUGUCCCCGGGCAACAGUGCAUAUGACCAAAUAUACACUACAAUGGCUGCUAGCUGCGACACUAGUGUUCGAGCAUGGUGUUCUCUUCUUUCUCCUGAAAAGAGAGAAUUAAUUCAUCCCGAUGGAUCAUUUGAUGAGGUCAUGUUCAAAGCAUUCUUCAUUAUGCACACAUACACCGUUGAAAUUCAUCGGCCGCUGUCAGCGUUGACUCACAGUGCGAUCGAAUCCGUGUCGCGCUGUGCUCCAUUGGCCCCGUCGGCACACCUCAAAUGCAGCAACGCGAAGGAACGUGACCUGCAUACUGUCAAAUGUACACAGGCUAUUAAUAGCAUUGAUGAACUGUUGACUCUGCCCACUAAUAUGACAACCCAUUCUCCUUUCAUCAUUUGCAUGAUUGCCAAUGUGACUAUUGCGCAUCUUUCGGCUUGCAGGUUCAUCUUUUCUGGCGACCGGCGAGCCAAAAGCCGGGAGAAGAUUCGUCUGACGAUGGGCACUUUGAAGCGUCUAAGUGAGCACUGGACACUAGGCAAACGGACCUACCGCGAGAUCGGGAUUAUCGCCCGAGAAUUGCUAUCUCUCACAACGGAUCCCUCAGUUGGUUUGGAUGCCGUUGACCUGUCCCUUCCGGGUCCAACUUCACCUGCAUUCCCACCAUUGGACACGUUGCCUGACGCCAACUUUGACAUUUGUGCCUUUUUUGAUACGGAUGCUCUUGGCCUAACCGAAACGAGUUCAUUUAUUUUACAAUAG